UUAGACUGGAAGGUGCUCCAGGUGUGAUCGCCAACCUCAUGGAAGCAGGGAAAAGCCCUCGAAAGUCCCCAGUCAGGAGAAAGCGGAAGCGAUCACAGCGGCUCCUCAGCCGUGCGGCUGUUCCCCUGGAGUGCUACCGCUGUGACAUCUGCAAGAAGGACAUCAAGCACCUCUCCAACUUCCAGGAGCACCAGCGCAUCCACACAGGCGAGCGGCCCUACCACUGUGAGACCUGCCAGAAGAACUUCAUCCGCUGCGCUGACCUCAUUAAGCACCGCCUGGUCCACUCGGACAGUCGGCCCCACUGCUGCGAUGUCUGUGGCAAGCACUUCAAGCUGGCUGGGGACCUGGCCAAGCACAGCAAGGUCCAUUCGGACGAGGCGCCCUUCAAGUGCGACGUGUGCUCCAAGCGCUUCAAGCGCACGUCCUGUCUCAUCAAGCAUCUCCGCAUCCACACCGAGGAGAAGCCUUUCAAGUGCUCCCAGUGCAGCAAGAGGUUCAAAUGGGAAGCCUCAGUCAAGGAGCAUCAGCGCAUCCACACAGGCGAGAAGCCUUUCAAGUGCGAGCACUGCCCUAAGAGCUUCACCCACUUCUCCACCUUCCUGCAGCACAAGAGAACUCACCAGAACAAGAAGCAGUUCAGCUGCAAAUGCUGCUCCAAGUCCUUUAACCACAAAUCCAACCUACUGAAGCACCAGCGCACGGUACAUGGCUAGGAGCGGGCAGGUUCCCGGGUCCUGCUGCCAUGCAGCUCUGAUCAGUCUAAAUUGCUUAGGCUGCCCCAGUCUCGGAGUCUGCCCAUACUCUGCCGGAGGCUGGAAAUGUGCUGAAACCCAGUGCAGAAGCUGGGCCUUAAGGAAGGGAAGCAGAACCUUGAGUACGUGUGAUAAGGAGACUGGGGUUUGGAGCAGCUCAAGCACCAUGCCAGUUAUAAUGCUUCCCGUUGAAUGGGAAGCUGCGGGCAGUGGCUGUGCACAGAUGAUAUCGGUGAAGCAAUACUGGUGCAGGAGCUGCUAUCAGAUGGCUGGACUCUGGUUUAUAGUCUAACCAAAGGUUCCCUCGUGAUCCCGCUUUAACAUCCUUCAGGAUGGUGACACUUGCCAAUUUAAUCCAGGACAGAUCUUCUGUGUUCCAAGCUCAGAUCUGAACAGAGCACCACGAAGCGAUGCUGCCAUCUGUCCCACGGAUGCAGUUGGUCUUUCAUACACUACAAACUGCAGCAGGUGUCUUUGCUUCUGCUGCCUCCGUUUAGCCCCCCCCUCCCCCUCAUCUUGGUUUCAAUGCUGUAGGAAUAUGUCUAGUGCAUCUGAGGUUUGGGUGAAGGGAAAAAGGGCUGGCAUUCCACCUUCUGGGGGUGGCUUGUUUUUGACUGGAUGCAUCCGUAUGAUCAUUGUUCCAUGCACUCUUAAGACAGAUCCCAAACAGAAUGGUUUCCAGGAAGCAGCUGCAUAAUCUGUUUGAUGGAAAAAGUGUUCCUGUGGCCACUCAGUUCCUGUAAACACUGCCUGCAGCUGCUUUAAAUCAUGAGCCUGUCGAUGUCAUGUUUUUUUAUCAUGCACCUACCUCAAUGUGGCAGUAGCGCCUUCUGGGGGGAAUUCUGUACCAUGUCCCUUAGAGGCUUUCACUGUAAUCUGAUUGCCACUGUAGCUCAGUUAAGCUCAUCCACUUUACUGUGUUCUACGGUGAUGGACAGACCUUGCAAGCAAAGAAGGUCCCCACCUCCAAGAAUCUUUGAUCUAAUGCUUUAUGCUCCAGGGCGCGGGUGCUGGACCUCUGCUUCCUGACAGAAGAAGGGCUGGGGAGCAAACUUGAGAGGGGAGGCGUGUACGUGAACCGCUGGCGAUUGUCCCUCUUUUCCCCCAAUACGCACAGCUCCCAAGGAGGGACGGGCUCCAGCCCAAUGACAGGGUUUAACUUGAAAGUCUUUGAGUAUUUUCCUCUGGUCACUAAUAAACAAGCACGUAACGGUAGUUCUACAGAACUGGGCCAGCAUCACUCAUUCUGCCUGCAAAUCAUUAGGGACGUGAGGGCCACUCAAGGGGGUUUUAAACAAAAGCAUCAAAGGAAGACAAAGGAUUGCUCUAGCUUUGGGUAGGAAAUCAAGCAAUGCGAGGGUCUGAGGUCAGCUACAACGCAGCCCCUCUGUGCUAACUUGUAAGCACAGAUGUGCAUUUGGACACCAGAGUUAGGACUUUACCAGGGAGGGAAAUGGUCCACUCUUCUGGAACCAAAUGCACUGCUCUGAACCAAAUUGCAUCAGUGCAGAGACAAAGGGGCUGAGGUCAGGGGAGGAAAUUCCCCCAUGGGAGCGGCAUACGCCACAACUGGAUUGCCCUUCCGGUGGUGUAGCCAUCCCUCCAUUAAUGGUGGCAGAAACGUGGGGCGUUACCUCUUUAAACCCUGAAGUUUGUAGCUUUGGUUUAAACAGUCUUCAGUCUGGCAGUGGGUUCCCAGAAGGCAGGGGACAUUUCAGCCACAGACAGGAUCCACAGAACACUGGCCUUUCCGCUCAGCUGCUCAGGGCACUGGUGCAAUAGUCCUAGUCCAGUUCCAAAUGGAUCUCACAGAGACUGCCCCACAACAUGCCAGGGGUUGAGUGAGCUGCCCUCUGCCUGGGAGAAGUGGGUCUCGAGGGUGGAGUUGGGAGGCUGGGAAGCUUUUCUGCUACCUGUUCUCUGAAUAAAGGUUUCAUUGUCCAGCACUGUUCACUUGAAACAGCAGCACAGCAAACAUCUCUGAUCAGUCUCCCUCCCAGAGGGCAGGGAUCAAAAGGCUCCUCGUGCCUAAAGAAAACUUAAAUGGAGCAGCUGGCAACUGGAUGGUGUUGCCCUUGGAUCUGCUCUGUGACAGCGGAAUGGGUAAGUGGCAGUGGCCCAUGAGAUGUGCCUGCAGUAGGCAGGCUGUGCUUUAACAAGAAGCCUGUUACCGAACAUGAGGCUACCCUUCGUUGCGGCUUUAAAACAGCAUUUUCUGCAGGGGCCCUUUGAGUACGUUCAGGGCUUUGUGUUUCGUUUUUAAAUAAAGUUUGGGCUUUUUUUGCUUGUGCAUUCUGAACUCCAAGCAACAAACCUUGUCUGCUAAUAACUGGGAACAUGGCAGCAGCCUGCAGUCUUUCCACCUGAGGUAGGACUUCAUCUGCUCUCAUGCAACGCAGGCCUGGGCCAGGUCAGUGUUUGGAGGGGAGACCUUUAGGUAACACGCAGGAACUGGUGCUGAUUUUAGGAGGCAAGACCACUUCUCUCUCUUCCCCCCCCCCCCCCCCCAUUCUCCUGCAGCAUUGGAGUGCACUGCGCUGCUACGGCUCACCAUCAGAGGGACUACAGGUCGCUAGGGAUUUUUUUUUUAACUGCACCCACUCUGGUUGCUGAGUACACAAGCUGUGAGGCCUUUGUUAACCCCAGUAUUCUAGCUUUCAUUCCAACGGGGAUAACUCUUCUGCUGCAUUAAUACCCGCCUCCAGCUGGAUAUGCAGGAGGUCUCCUUUUCUUUAAAUGCGGGUGUGUGGUUGCUGCAGGUGGCGGGUUCCUGAGCAGUGCUGAGUCUGGUAUUUGUUCAGUGGCACGGGGAGGUCGGAGAGUGGAAGGCGAUUCCACCCGCCCUCGCUGGGACAUCUGACUUCUGACACACACAGAGAAGCUGCUGCAGAGUAAUGAGAGUUUUCUGAGCGCUAGGUCCAGAGAGGAGUUCUCUGCACAAGGAACAGGCAGGAAUUGAGUGCUUAAUUCCAGACACGCAAGGCCCAAGCUGUCACUUUUCCUACCCUACAGGGAACUUUCACUGAGAUGGGCUGUAGCCAAGUCCUCAGCAAAGGGAUCUUGUCCUUUUCUCCGGUGUCCCCAACGUGCAGCUAGCUCCUGGUGUAUGUGCGUGCAUGCGCCGGGGGGGGGGAGCUCUCUGUUCUGGCUCCCUCUGUAGCCCCUUUCUGCAGUCCUGGCCCCAGCCGCCAGAUGUGUGGCAGGUAGCUGGAGAAUGACAGCUCUGAGUGCUGCAGCUGCAAGGAGAAACGACCAGCUCUGCCCUGGCCAAUGCCCCUGCUGGGCUUUCUGUGCUCUCCCUGCUUCCCCAAGGUGACCUACUGGGUUUCAUACAACACAGCUUUCCCUGCAGGGACAAGGCCAGACUCACCUCCUCGCUUGGCAGCUGCUUCGGCCACAGCCUUCCCCGGCUGAGCACAAACACUAGGCCGCCUGCGGGUGUAUGAAUGUGGCAGUACUGACCCUACUAGGCCCGGGGCUGUUCCACCCUGCCAGGCAGGGGAGUGGGGUGCUUUGCUAAAGCACCUAUUGACUGAUUAGGACUAGAUGGGCUGGUUUCUGAUUGCUCCUUUAUCUCUGCCCUUGCUGAAGGCGGCAUUGCUUCCCUGCCCUGACCAGGCUUGAGCUCAGGAAGCAGGAUCCCAAGUUCAGAACAGCAGCGUUUGCUCUGGGAAGUUUCCCCAGGGGCCAUAAAUGGCAGCCCAGAUGCCAGCUGUGGGGAUUUCCUUGCCGAGAUGGUUACAUGUGAACUAGUGUAGGGACGUGCUGCUGUGUCAUAAGGAACUGAGACCAACGGCUGAGGGGUGAGGCCGGGAGUGUGUGGAGCACAGGUGGCGUCGGUCUGGUUUUUGGACUCGGGGAGAGCUGGUUUUUCUCGGUAAGGUAUUUCUGGGAUUCCCAUCUCUCUCUAGGAUCAAGGGAGGCAUGCCUCUGCUUCAGCCACGGGAACCCGGUAUUCCGUUUUAGAGCCCUCCCGUCAGCAUCUAAUCAGCAAGUUGCACUUCAGUGCCUCUCGCAAAUUCUGAUGGCACCUAUUAUACCUGGCUGAAGUCAAAAUGCCCACAGGAAUAUACUCAAUGGGGCUAUUUUGCGAGAAGCUAGGUGCCCUCCCUGCCCCCAUCUGCCUUCUGUGUGGAAUACAAGCAUACACACGGCCCUGCUGCUGCAGGGAAACCGUAGGGCCAGGGUACAGAGACGCCAAGGAAACCACUACCGGGAAUAUGUCAAACCAGAUCUUUAUUAGAGCAGCAGUUCUCACUCUACUCCAGAAACUCAAUAUACACCGCAGGUCUACUGCGUUCUCAACAUUCAGUACAGUUAUUUACAAGCAGCUGUUUUGACAGAUUACAGCACUUGGGAGGGGUUUCUUAGGCUAUUUUAAAUACAGAGGUGAACUGACUUCAGUUUCCAUCCCAGGCUUGAGUCGGGGCUGGUGCAUGUACGAUCUCGGCGUGGAAGGAAACCAGGCAGCUGCCCCACAGCCCUCUCCAGAAGGGGUUGCAGUCCUGUCUCAGAGCAGCGCAGAGACACCCAGGGCCUGGAGAUGGAGCUGUGUGACCAGUACAGAGCGUCUCACUGAUAGUUCGUCACUGUGGUGCAUUUGCUUAAAGUCUCCACUCAGUUCCAAGGGGCUACGGCUGAGCAUAGUCUCACCUUGUCCCUCCCUCGCCAACCUUCAAUGCACCUGGAAUUCCCGCCCCCCCCCACAUCU